UUCGCUUUCUCAGGCUUUGGAAUUUGAAGUAAUUGGUGGUCUCGCACAGUAGGAGCCAUGGCUUGCGUUACGGCAGCGCCAAAGUUCGUGCACGAUGAGACCAAGAACGGGUUGAUCGCCGACCUCAUAAAGGCCCAGGGCGCGGCCCACGCCGCCGCCGGCCAGGCUCAUGACGCGCGCAAGCCGACGUUCGAGAUAACGCCUCCUGCCAACACCAAGGAUUGCAGGGUGCUCAUCAUCGGCGCCACCGGCUAUAUCGGCCGGUUCAUCGCCGAAGCCAGCCUUGCUUCCGGACGCAUCACGUACGUGCUCAGUCGGCCGGGGCCCGUCUCCGGGUCCAAAGCCGAGGCCGUCCGUGAACUCCAAGCAGCUGGAGCUGUUUUCCUACACGGAUCGAUGAAAGACCGAGACUACAUGACGAAGAUCUUGAGGGAGUUGAAGAUCGACGUGGUGAUCUCUGCCGUCGGCGGUGAGUGCACAUUGGACCAAAUCGAGCUCGUGGACAUCAUUAAAUGUGUCGGCUCCGUCAAGAGAUUCCUGCCGUCUGAGUUCGGGCAUGACAUCGACAAGACGAACCCGGUGGAGCCGGCGCUCACCAUGUACAGCCACAAGCGCAAGAUCCGGCGAGCUGUGGAGGCCUCCGGGAUACCCUACACCUACAUCUGCUGCAACUCUAUCGCCGCCUGGCCCUACUAUGACAAGACCAACCCCUCCAAGGUCCCCCCACCACUCGACUGCUUCAACAUCUAUGGCGAUGGCAAUGUCAAAGCUUACUUUGUCUCCGGCACGGAUAUCGGCAAGUUCACGAUGAAGACGGUGGAUGAUCCCCGCACCAUCAACAAGACGGUGCAUUUCCGGCCGCCUUCCAACUUCCUGACCGUGAACGAGCUCGCGUCGAUGUGGGAGAAGAAGAUUGGGAGGGUGCUGCCCAGAGCUUCCAUCCCUGAGUCCCAACUUCUUCGCAUGGCUAAAGAGUAUCCAAUACCAGGAUGCGUAGUGGCUGCCCUGACCCACGAUAUUUUCAUUAAUGGCUGCCAAUUCAAGUUCUUGAUUGAUGGGGAAGUAGACGAAGAAGCAGGGUUGCUGUACCCCGACACGCCUUACCAAACAGUAGACGACUGCUUUGAUUCAUUCAUCGUGGAACUUGUGGCUGGAUCAAAAGACGGGCGCAUUUUUCCGGCUGCUUAAUGCAAGGCUUAGUGUUGGACCUCAAAUAACAGGAGGCGUAUGAUCUUUAGCUGGUGUGUCCUUAGUGUUUCAACCUCGUAGGAUUUGAACAAUUUUACAUUUCUAUCAGAUGACUUGCAAUGCCAUAGAAUCUUAGCAUGUAACAAAUUGCAUCACUUUGGGCACCAAUAAAGAGUUUGAUCAGUAAGUGGAUUCCCAAAGC